GCACCUUCUCAUUUCCACAGGACCCGUCAACUAAAAAUUCUGCAGUCAUGGACAGGACACACAACACAGCUCUGUUCUGCCUGUUGUGCCUUGAGCUGCUAAAGUUUGAGAUGGUCAACGGGAAAGUUUUAGAGGAGACUUAUCGGAAGUGGGUUCAGUAUAAAGAAGACUGUGUCACAAUGAUAAAAAAUGGGCCACUGCCUCAAGUUGGCUUGUUCUGUAACAGGACAUUCGAUAGAUAUGCCUGCUGGCCAGAUACCCCUGCUGGCGAUAUGAUCAACAUCUCAUGCCCUUUCUACUUGCCCUGGUAUGACAAAGUAUCCAAGGGCGUAGUGCGUAGGCAAUGUGGAUAUGAUGGACUCUGGGAAAGAAGUGACAAUGGAGAGGUGUGGAGGGAUAUGAGCCAGUGUGAAGAGGAAAAAGAGGUGACAUCUCAGGAGCUAUGGAUCAAACAGUUGCUGGUCAGCUUCAGGAUGUUGUACACUGUUGGAUAUUCUUUGUCCCUGUCCACACUCAUAAUGUCUCUUAUCAUUCUCCUGAGCUUAAGGAAACUUCAUUGCACUAGAAACUACAUCCACGCCAACCUCUUCUUGUCUUUCAUCUUGCGAGCUGUGGCUGUCAUUGUGAAAGACACAAUGCUGGAUCGCCACUGGGGAAGAGAAAUCAUAACACAGACUGACGUGAGUGAGAUGCUCAGUCAUCAGGCUGCUAUUGGCUGCAGGAUAGCGCAGGCGGUGAUGCAGUACUGCGUCCUGGCCAAUCACUAUUGGUUCUUUGGAGAAGCAAUUUAUUUGCACUCUGUACUCAUUUCCUCUGUGUUUAUUGAUAACAACAAAUACCUGCCUUACCUCUGUCUGGGCUGGGGAACCCCACUUUUAUUUGUGGUUCCCUGGGUGGUGGUGAAGAUAUUGAAUGAAAACAAAGAGUGUUGGGCUGUCAAUGAGAACAUGAACUACUGGUGGAUCAUUCGUUUCCCAAUUCUUUUUGCUUCACUAAUCAAUUUGCUGAUUUUUAUGAAGAUCCUGGGGGUCAUAUUUUCCAAAUUACGAGCCAACAAUCAGAGUCGAUACCCAGAAUACAAACUUAGGCUUGCCAAGGCCACCCUUACGCUCAUUCCUCUGUUUGGAAUUCAUGAGGUGAUUUUCAUCUUUGCUACAGAUGAGCAGACAACCGGCAUUUUUCGCUAUGUAAAGGUGUUCUUUACUCUCUUUAUUAGUUCAUUUCAGGGUUUCCUGGUUGCUGUACUCUACUGCUAUGCCAAUAAAGAGGUGCAGACAGAGCUGAAGAGGAAGUUGCGCAGCUGGAGGACAGAGACAGAGAUUGUGUGCUGUGUACAGUGACUAGCCGUGCUUGAAUCUAGAGCAGACACUUUCUCCAUUGCCACAGUCCCACAACGCAACAGAUCCUCUGUUUCAGUCAGCAGGGCAAUUUCGGAUGGUUUACCUACUCUUGAUAGUUCACAGAUUUUCAGACAACCAGUCCAGCCAACUUCCCUGCAAGCAGGUGAUUGUUUAUUGCACUCUCCAUUAGCAGGAAAUGGAUAUAGCAACCUGCUACAAAGGGAUCAAGAUAAGACGAGACAGUCUUCUGUGUCAAUGCAGGUGUCCUUCCUCAUUAAUCUAAAAGACCCCGUGGAACUACUCCCACAUGUUGUGAACACAGACUCAGACUGAAUGCAGUAUAUCAGUUAUUUUUGGACUAAAUUUCAGGUUCUUUGUUGUUUGUU